AUGGCAAGCUACCGGAAGUCUUUUCCAACCAAGGAAGAGGCAGUCGACGUGCUGAAGAGAACGAAGGAUCUCCUGUCCACUGCGAAUAUCUGUCUGCACAAGUUCGCUUCCAGCGAUGCUGGUGUCCUGGCAGCAUUUGAGCCUAGCGAGUUGGCCCCGAACCUGGCUGAAGCUGACCUCUCCAACAAAGAUGAAAGCACCAUACGGCGUACAUUGGGAGUAUCCUGGGAUUUAAAGGCAGACUCCUUUACUUUCCAAAUAGCAGAACCGAAUGCCAACGCAUGUACCAAGAGGACAGUGUUGUCGGAAGUCAAUGGAGUCUUUGACCCGAUUGGGUUGGCAGCACCUGUGAUCAUCAAGGGGAAGAUGCUGCUGCGAGAGAUGACUCAAGAUGGCGGUGGCUGGGAUGAUCCACUCCCAAAGGACCUGCUCCAAGACUGGGUGAUGUGGAGAAAGUCCCUGAUCGCCUUGACAGAUGUGCGAGUUCCUCGCUCAUUUGCACCAUUCUCAACCACGGAAGUAGUGAGAAGAGAACUACAUACCUUUGGUGACUCUUCAAACAAGGCCAUAGGCGCAGUCUGCUACUUGAGGACGGUUGGCAGCAACGAUGAAGUCCAUGUCCAGUUGGUGAUGGGUAAAGCAAAGCUCGCACCUAAGGCAGCCGUCACCAUCCCACGCCUUGAGCUCUGUGCAUCAGUUCUGGCCACAGAAAUGGAAGACUACGUCACCCAGGAACUACAGAUUAAAGUUGACGAAUCAAAGUUCUACACUGAUAGCAAAGUAGUCCUGGGGUACAUCACCAACAGGAAACGUCGCUUCCGCACUUAUGUGUGCAACCGAGUAAACAGGUUACUCAAAACCUCCGAGCCUGAGCAGUGGACAUAUGUCCCAUCAGAGAGAAACUCAGCUGACCUAGCUUCGAGGUCCAUUCUGGCAGCAGAGUUAAGUGGUUCCAUGUGGAUUGCCGGACCAGAGUUCCUGAGGCUAAAGGACCUGCCCUCGAGCCACAAGCAGAGAGAGAUAGAAAUACUUCAGGAUGACCCAGAAGUGUCUCCAGAGAAGAUAAGCUGCAACAAGAUUGUCUUGCCCGAUGCAUCCUUCGGCAGUGAGAGGUUCACCAGAUUCUCAAGUUGGGAUUCAGCAAUGAGAGCCACUACAAACUUGAUCCACAUUGCCAACUCAUUCAGAGCAGAAUUUGACUGCAAGGGUUGGCAUGUCUGUGAGAAGGCGAAGUCCAUCAGAGAGCGUCUCAAAGCCGAGACCGUCAUAAUAAAGAGUGUGCAGAGUGAAGCCUUUGCUACCGAGUUAGCCGAAUUAAGAAGUGGGAAGUUGACCAAGAAGAACAAGCUGGCUUCGCUCAACCCCUACCUUGACAGCAACAGGGUACUCCGAGUCGGAGGCAGAUUGCAGAAAGCUCAACUGUCAGAGAGAGCAACACACCCAGCUGUACUACCAAAAAACAACAACUAUGUCACAAAGCUCAUCAUCAAGCACUUCCAUCAGCAGUGCAGCCACCAAGGUCGACACAUUACCUUGGGUACAAUAAGGAACGAAGGCUACUGGGUUCUUGAUGGCCAGAGGCACAUCAGGAAAGCCAGCGUGGAGAUGGUAGCCGCGGACCAGAGGAGCCUGUUUCUACAACCAGCCCGUGAGUUGACGAAGAAGACGUUGUUGCGGCCAAUAAGCGACUUGGUUCUUCUGAUUCCCUCGGAGUGA